AGAUAAUAAAAUUGACAAGCUUGAAGUAUAAAAACCAUUCAAAUAACUAAUAGUUCAAUUGAUUAAAGAGAUCCAAUUUUUAUGAUUAGUGAUAGUCAUGGUGGUAAGACUACAUUAAGUCCAAAUCUUAUAAAAUUUUAUAUCAUUAAUUUAGAUUUCUAGCUGGUGUGAUGGCAUCUAAUUUUCCAUAUAGAAAAGUUCCUAAUGAAUUUGUAAAUAUUCCAUAAGGGGAAGGUGAAAAAGAGAGGAUGGAGAAUGGGUUAUAGCAGUUUGAAUCAUUUUCAAUUAAUCUGUAUAUAUCAUUUCAAAUAUUGAGAGAGAGGAUUCUUGAAAAACAAAUUUUAUGCUUAAAAAUAUUAUAAAAAAUACAUUAAUUUUUAAUGCACAAUUACCAAGACAAUAGUUAAAAACUCUUUUAUGAAUUGUGGAAAACUGGUAACAGAGUAUUAUGUAAAGGAAAGUUAUUGGUUGGGUAAAAAGUAUUUUAUCAAAAGUUCCGAAAAUCAUAAAUUCAUUGCGUCUCUUGUACUAAUUACAAUACCCACAGUUCUGUAUUAUGUGUUCAUGGCACCAGUAAGAAAAUUUAAAUACUUAGGCAUUGGUUCAAAGAGACCAAGUUGUUUAGGUGGUUAUUUUUGUAAUUCUGAAUUGCCUAGUUUAUAUAUUGAUCACUAUUACAGUUCUAAUGGAUCCAGGAAUCAUCCCCAAAAUAGUACGUAUUGAUAUAUUAGCAGACAACAAAUUAUGAAAUGGAUGAAUAGCUAAUUUUAAUUCCUUAAAAAUAUUUAAAAGUUGAUCCUUAAGUGUUAUUUGAAUCAAAAACCCUAUAAGUGAAAGGACAUCAAUUUAAAUUGAAGUUUUGUAACACUUGUAAUAACGAGAUUAAUAAUUUCUAGGCGCAAUAUAUAGACCUCCUCGAGCUUCACAUUGUCCUGCAUGUGAUAAUUGUGUAUUGAGAUUUGAUCACCAUUGUCCAUGGAUAGGAGCAUGUGUUGGAAGAAGGAACUAUAUUUAUUUUUAUCUUUUUAUCUUCUUUCUCUCUGCUACCAUGAUUUAUGUUUUUUCUACCUGUCUUGCAUAUAUCUUUGGAGAUAUGCAAGAUGAAAAGAAUAAAGGGGAACAGAUAAUCUCAACAUUGUCGAGAAAUCCAUAUUCAUUGGCCUUAGCAAUUUAUUGUUUCGUUGUAAUUUUUUUACAAGAAUUAACCAGUUUUCAUUUUUUGUUGUCGGCUUGUGGGGAUUCCAUACAUUUUUAGUUAUAACUAAUAUGACUACUAAUGAAUAUCUAAAGAAACAUUGGGUUAUUUAAAGUAAGAAUCCAUUCAGAAGGUAAUGCAAGUAUUUAUAGUAUAGAAAGAAUAUCUUUAAAAAUAUUUAACAUGUCCUAGCUUGUAUUAGAGAUGUCAAGUUUUUAGAACUCCGAUAAUUUGUAUUCGAUCCCAAAAGUUAUAAUUAGGUAUUAUCACAUUAUUCAACAAGCCCAUGACAUAAAAUCAAAUGAAUGAAAUUGAAAAUUUAAAUGCAGUUGAAGAUAAUCAAAUAAAUGUUGCCAGAAGGUAGUCCAAGUAAACUGUUGAUCAUGUGGAAGAGCAAUGAAUAUUCAAACUCUUAAUAUUUUA